GUCUUGAGUGACGAUUGCUCAUUGCUAGCUAACUGGCUAGCUAGCCUAGCUAAACCGCUGCAAACCCCGCUAGUCGGUGUACCUCUCUGGUGUGAACUGCGACCAGCCAGUCCUUGUCACUGUCGCAGCUUCCGUUGCUGUCAACUGAUAUUUUGGAUAUUUGGUCUUAAAGAGGACACAAUGGGUGCAUUUCUGGACAAACCAAAGAUGGAAAAAUACAAUUCCCAUGGUCAUGGUAACAACCUGAAGUAUGGGCUGAGUAGUAUGCAGGGUUGGCGGGUAGAGAUGGAAGAUGCACACACAGCAGUAAUUGGUCUGCCUCAUGGUCUUGACCCCUGGUCAUUCUUUGCUGUUUAUGAUGGGCAUGCUGGCUCUCAGGUGGCCAAGUACUGCUGUGAGCACCUGCUGGACCAUAUCACUAGCAACUCAGACUUCCAGAGUGCUCUGCAGGAGGACCCCUCUGUGGAUAGCGUGAAGAAUGGGAUCCGCACAGGAUUCCUACAGAUUGAUGAACACAUGCGAAACAUCUCGGAGAAGAAGCAUGGUGUGGACCGGAGUGGCUCCACUGCAGUGGGAGUGAUGAUUUCUCCAAGUCAUAUCUACUUUAUCAACUGUGGCGACUCACGGGGGCUCCUCAGCCGGGGCGGAACUGUGCACUUCUUCACACAGGAUCACAAACCCAGCAACCCUCUGGAGAAGGAAAGGAUCCAGAAUGCCGGUGGCUCAGUCAUGAUCCAGCGAGUUAAUGGUUCCCUAGCAGUGUCUCGGGCUUUGGGAGACUUCGACUACAAGUGUGUGCAUGGAAAAGGCCCGACAGAGCAACUUGUGUCUCCUGAGCCUGAAGUUUAUGCAAUAGAGAGAUGUGAGGGGGAAGAUGAAUUCAUUAUACUAGCCUGUGAUGGCAUCUGGGAUGUCAUGGCCAAUGAGGAACUGUGUGACUUUGUCAGGUCAAGGCUAGAGGUGACAGAUGAUCUUGAAAGAGUCAGCAAUGAAAUUGUUGACACCUGCUUGUACAAGGGAAGCCGGGACAAUAUGAGUGUUGUGUUAAUCUGCUUUCCUGGGGCCCCAAAGGUAUCUCCAGAAGCGGUGAAACGGGAGGCUGAGCUGGAUAAAUACCUGGAGGCCAGAGUAGAAGAGAUCAUCAAAAAGCAGGGGGAUGAAGGUGUUCCGGAUUUGGUCCAUGUUAUGCGGACGUUAGCAUCUGAGAGCAUCCCUAACCUCCCUCCUGGAGGAGAGCUGGCAAGCAAACGAAGUGUUAUUGAAGCGGUGUACAACAAACUCAACCCCUACCGAAGUGAUGACACAGACUCUGCGUCCACAGACGACAUGUGGUAACACAACCUCCUACCACUAACACAGCAUAGAGUUUACAAACCACCAUCCUCUCAAGACCCACAGCAGCUCAGCUCAGCAGUCUGUCUCUCCGUCACUCUGAGCUUUUGUUUUCUAAGAAGGGAAUUUCAUGGGAGGAGGAGAAGGAGGCGGAGGAGGAAGAGGAAGAGGAGUUGCAUGCACACAAACCUGGAAUAGUGCAGCACCAGUCCACUCUGGAGUUCAGGAUCCCCACCGUCUUGUCUCCCCUUUAUGUUCACCCACCUUAAUACUCUCCUCUAAAGUAAUCCAUAACAAGUGAGUCCACAAGGUUUUCUUUCUUUUUGUUAAAUAAUCAGCUUAAGUAGUGAGAUUUUUUUGCUGUAAUUAAUUUGAUUCACAUUUCCUUGUGUGUGUUUGUAUAUUUCUGUUUUUGUGAAGUGCAAUUGUCCUGUACAAACAGCCUGUAUUUAAUGCAGCUUGAUUUUAAGUUAAAAAAUGAAAGAAAUGAAAAAGAGAACCUUUUUAUGCACUAUCUGCCUUUUCCUGCUCUUCUGGAACUGUAACAAAUGUCUAUUCAGUGAAUAUUUCUGCUUGUCCUCCAGGCACAAUGUCUCUGUGCUUUUACUUUACUUUACUUUACUUUUUUCUUUUUUUUCAGUUAGUCUAUGCUCCUUUUUAAGAAACGGGUAAAUUGUAUAGUUGACAGCACAGUAAGCUCUCUAUAUCAAACCAUUUAAAUCCUAAUUAUUUUUUCCCUGUGCUUUUUUUUUUUAUUGUAUUUUAUUUUCUUAAGUGGUUUUCUGUAUGUGCUCAAAUAAUAAUGGCAAAGUGUUUCACAGUCAUUUUGGAAGUGUGAGGUGAAAAAUAAUCUUUUUUUUAAAUUUCUUCUUUGAGGCAUCUGAUGAAAAAAGACCCCUCUUAACACAUUUGUCUGUGCGAAUAGAUACUUGCAAGCGUGCUUGGGUGCUUGUGUGUAUGUACAUGCGCACGUGUGUUAGUGUAAAGGCAGAUCUGUAUGUGCAACUCUAAUUUAAGUUUGCUAAGGUGGUUUUGACAGCAGACCAGGCUGGAUUUUAAGGGAAUUGCUCUCCUGACGCUUAUCCAUUGUUUGCCCUUUUUUUUCAGCCAGUGUUCCAUAUCAACCCAACAUAGGCUUUCACUACUUCUUAUUCCAAAAAGCUUUGGAUGACAUAGUUUACAUGCUGUUACGCUAUUUUGAACAACUUCAAGCUAUAUAUCAGAACUAUACUGUAACCUGAGAUGACACAAGUAGUUCAGUUUACCCAUGGUGUACAGUGGUUUGCAGCUAGUCAGCUCUUGACUAGUUUACACAUCUUUUGUGUCAUAUUUAAAUAUCAGUUUCUAAACAUAGAUUGUUACCAGUGCCCACUGUGGGUGCCAUAUGAUUUAUAAUCACUUGUUUCAGCUUUAUGACAGCCUAUGCCAAGUUUUUUUUCAUGAGAUUCAGUUUUUAUAUGUGGUACCGAUUACACUAUUAUAUAGUACAGAUACAGGUUUUUAGCUUCUACCUUUAGCAUCUGAUAAUUUGACUGAUGUGAACAGUUUAAGCACUGGCUAUUUUAGAGAAUAUCACCCAUUACCAUUUUGAUGAUAGGAGAAAUUGUUGACUCUAAAACAAUUUUUCUUUCACGUGGUCUUUAUUUGGACAUUCAAACCAAGAACAAAACUGCUAACUGCAAUGAGUUCUCAUGGUUGUAUAGCACCUUUUUAUUCCCAUCGGGUUUGCUCCGCUUAAAACCAUCCCCCAUGGCACCACAAGCCAGAGCACAAUACAGUUUGCUGCUAUAGUGUAUGAUCUGUGGGUUGAUUUUAUUUGUUGUUGUUUUUUUCUGUUAAUUUCCCCCUCUGAAUAGUCACUGACUAAAUCUGUAUUUAACACACACACACACACACACACAAUAGAUAUAUUUCUUGAAGAGAAAUGGUUUUAUUUCAAAUUUAUUUUCUGUUUUUUUGUUUUUUGUCUAAAAUUGCAUUGUUGCAAAUUUAUGUAUGUAUAUAUUUUUGACUUAAACUUUCAAGGAAUAAAUCAUGUCGCUUGAGUUAGUUUUUUGCCAUGGACAAAAUGUUUGUGUGUUUUGGCAAACAAAGGUUUCCAUCUGAUCAACACUGAGGGUUCAAACUGUUCAAUUUAUAGAAUACACUAAUGUACUAAAUUUUGUAUUUCUUCAUUUAUCAAAAUGACAAUCCUAUUUCAUUGUAUUUAGAUUUGUGGUGGGUAGCAAAUUAAGUCUUUAACAAAACACAGACUUUAACUUUGACUCUAAUCCUAAGUUUGCUGCUUUCUAAUAAGCUUUUGUGGCAAAAAGGCCAAAGACCACUCAAAUUAUGUAACUGCAAAGUCUAAAUCGCAAGAAUUAACUAUAUAAAGGAGAACCUAGCUGUAACCCUGUAAAAGAUGUUAAGCUAUUGGAGAGUGACGUCAACUUUAUUUUGAGAUUUCUGUUGACCGUUUGAUUUUAAAGGUAAUCUGUGGAGUUUUUGACCACUCGUGGUGCUGUAGAGAAAUGUUUUGCUGAGCGGGUCCUCACUCUACAAGCAUGAGCACAAGGAUGAACAUUCAGGACAAAAGCGCAGGGUGACGUGAAACACACUUCUGCUGGGGGCAGUAUUGUGUAUAUCAGCAUAUGGUGUCAUGGUAAUGUGGCAUAAAAGUGUUAAUGAACCAAUAAAAGACGAUAAGACUGCAAGCUGAUGUAAAAAGUGGGUUAGGGGUUAUGUGAGGUAUGGAAUAGCACUGAACAUGUUUGCUAGGCCUUAAAAACACGCAAAAUACAUUUUGUAAACAAAUGUUUGAUUGUAAACCUACUAGGUUGUUUACAGUGGAAACUCCAUAGGGUACCUUUAAACAGUUAGCCUAGAAAUUACAUGAAAAACAUGCCAUAAUUCAGUAGAUUUCCUAUUGAGGUGUUAGCUGACUCAAGACUGUAAACAUGUCAAAUAGGGAAAUAGAUUAUUGUGUGUGUGUUUGCAUGGAAAUGUGGUUUUACUGAAUAUUCUUCCCAUAAAAAAGCAAAAAAAACUAAAUUGCAACAAAAAACUUAACAGCAGAACAUUAAAAAUGUCAUUUAGUUCAAGUAUUUUUGGUUUAAAAUUACAAUAUUGUAUUUCUACCACAAUACUUGUAUACCUACUAAGAAAAACUCAAGUCAGUUUAUUCAGUGUGUUUGGGGAAAAAACUUUGUGUGUAUGAAAUUGCCUUUUUUUCCCUUUAUUUCAUCUGUAAGCUGUUUUAUUUUGUGCUGCAUUGCUUUUAUUUGGUAAGUGAGCGCACUAAAUGUCUCUCUUUUCAAACAGUUUUCAGCAGCCAGCUGCGUCUUGCAAACCUGGUAGGUGUUGAUUACUCUUAAACUCAGAAAUGUAACAAUUCAGGACGUGGCCCUUAAAACACUGCUGGUUAAUUACCCAUUUCUAAAACCGACUAAUUCCACAGAAUGAAAAAUGUAGAAAUUAGCUUUUUAAUAUUCAAAAUAGCUGUAGCAGAUAUUGACAGUAGCUUGGCUGUGAUUUGUCACAUCUGUGUGUUUUAUUUAAAUGACAAAUUUCCAUCGCAAACCUGUCCCCCCCCCCCAUCCCCAAACAAAAAAUGAACAAAACAAAAAAAUGAUCCCAAGUAUCUAUUCUCCUUGUUUAAAUUUUUUCAUGAACUGAAAUACCUCAUAACAUUUAUAGGAAGUGUUUUUGUCUUGUGUUAUGUAGAUCCAAACUGUUCAGAAAGCAGUUAACAUAUGGAGACUUUAAUGAAAGCAGUUUACUUGUGGUCUCCCCCCCAGAACUUCUGAUUUUAUCUCUGAUCUAUUUGAGUGGGUUAAGCCUGUGCUCAUGUACAGUAUUUGACUGAAUUGUGCUGAUGUUAACUAAACAAGUGAUUUAAGUGGCUACUGCAAAUGACAACUUAUUUUAGUAAGUAGGAACACUAUUGGCCUUGUUGUAUAAGCUGACCCCCUGCCCCCAAUCCCCCUUUAAACAAUGCCCUCAAAUGCUCACCUGUGUCAUGUCACCAACUUGUCCACUUGUGUGAUGCUCACUUAGCUCAAAUCUAGAAUUGUAUCGAGAGUUCAGGGUUUUAGAAAUGUGUGAGAAAAGUAGGUGUCUAAAUGACAAUAGUCAUAUGCACUGAUCAUCUGUAUAAUCAGCUUUUUUUGUUCAUUUUCCAGAAAAUUGUUAUUGUAAAAGAAAAGAUUAUAAAGCUAUUUACAGAGUUACCUUUGGUUGCCUGGAAUGCAUCCUGUAUAUUCUUGUACGGAGGACUACCUGGCAGAAGUUGAAGAAAUUUUAAAUGCUUACGCCCUCUUGUACAUAUUGAUGUACCUCAGUUGUGGCGUUUACUGUGUGACCCUUAGCAGUAGUGGUUUGUUAGUCCCCUCACAGGGUGACCUGAGCCUCACUUUGCUGACCUUUUUCAGCUCAUAAAUAAGCUCACCGAUUUGCCUUACCCAAUCUCAUGUUGCCCCCUAAAGUACUUGUUCGACAAAACACUAUGAGGAGGAGUGAUGCUGCUGACAUUACACUCUUAUAGAUUAACAACUGUCCCCAUGUUAGGGUACUUAAGCUAUCAACAAAGUGACUUUGUCCUGGUUGUCACAAGGUACAACUUUUCAACCAUUGCUGGUUUGUAUGCUUCUUUUUUUUUAUGUUACCUUAUUGAAUCUCGGUCUUGAAAGCUUCUUUAAUUUUUCACUGCAGAUGAUGUCAUACUUUUAACAAAUGCAAAUGUUUUAACAUGGUAACCUCAUGGUAAAUGUGCAUACAUAAAUUCAUGUCUGCUAUAUUUAUGGUUACAUUCAAGAAUAGCUUUAGAGUGCUGUAGAUAAGUAUUGUCAAUGUUGAUUCAAAUGCUUCUCAGAGGUCUCUGUGAGUGAUUUUACAAAGUUCAAUACCUGUAUAUUUUGUAUUAUGUUUUAGCUCCAAAGGAAUGGCAGAAAAAAAAAAGAAAAUGUUUAAAAAAGCUUUGUUCCCUGAACUAAAUUGUGCUAUUUGUGUUGUCAAUUGAACAAAUUGCAUUCCUUGCUUGUGAAUUGAUGCAUUUCUCUCCCUGCUCCUUAAAUUUUCUCCCCUUCUUUCCCUCCUUUCUUUCAUUUUUUAGCCUUUGAAGUUUGAAUAAAAUUUCUAGUUUGCAGAAUGUAUUACUAAAUAAAUGGGUUGUCAUCUUGUA